GAAAGGUCGCGUUAGUGUUAGCUGUCGCGUGGUGCAUGCGCGUGUUCGAAACUCUGGGUUUCCCGGGACGAUCACCUUUUUUAUUCAGUUAAUUCGAUUGUCAUUAUCAUUGCCGAAGUUAAUAUUCUACGUGAACAGUUUGCUAGUACGACGGAGGUGAGUGUUUUCCCGCGUGAGUGUGCUUUCCAUUGGAUCAGCGAUUUGUUAAUUGCAAUGCCACAGCGGUAACAUUUUGUACGUUUGACAAAUGGGCCAUGGCUCCAAAUGACGGGACAGGUAGUACUGCUCGAAGUAGAUUUGAGGGGGUCGAGCGGACAUGGGGUCCAGCCUGUGGUUCACCUGUGCUUCAAGGGACUCGACUGGUGUUCCUCCACCAGUAUCAUCGCCACCACCGCUGGCGAUCCGCCACCGCCACCGCCACCGCCACCAACCACCCCCACUCGGUGUUCGUUGGCCGUUCAGGUGAAGAGUGCGCGCGAGCUGAGAGCCGAAGUGGCUCGUUACCACCACCAUUACUCUCGCACGGACAGUAGCGGCACGGUAAACGAUCGCGAAGGUUGCCGGACGCGUUGCUCUUACGUGUAUCGCGUUUCCGCUCGACCGCCCGACCGUCCGACCGCCCGUCCGCGACUCGCCGCCGGUUUCUUCUUCCUCUUCUCCUCGUCGGUGCAGCACACAGCACACGUGCCCGCCGCCACCAGCUCUCUCGCGAUACCCGGCUCGGUGAGCCGCGGGCGGCACGACCUCGUCGUCGUCGAACGGGCGCCCUCGAGGCACGAGGGCAUCCGCCGAGAGGAGGGAAGGCGACAGGCCUUCCGCGCUCCGCGAGGAUGCCGCCGCUUCUUCGUCGUCGCCGGCGACGUGGAUGUACGCGCUUCUCGAAACACCUGUUCCACGGUUUACUUCGGCGAUAUAGGCGCGGCUUCUGGUGUGGGCGAGGUAUCCGCGGUCCCGGCGGGGGGUGGCGAUGGUCUCAGCCUGACUCCAACCCCCGCCACCAACGAGACAACAGCCACUACCACCACCACCAACCCGAACACGACCUGCGCUACCACCGUUACUAUCGCCGCCACUACCAGCACCAUUGCACCAGCCAGUGGGAACGAAAACAGCAACCAGGGGGUCGUAACGGGGGCUGAACCGCCCCAGCCUAUGGAGACACCACCGACUAUGGUACCCGACCAGGCACCCGCCUCCGGCCAUCAUCACUACCAUCACCGUCAUCAUCAUCAUCACCAUCACCAUCAUCAUCGUCACAAUCAACAACGAAGCGCGUCCACCACUCCGAGCCUUGGCCAGGCCAACACCGAUACAUCCGACGAGUUCACGCCCGUUCCGAGGAAACGGAAACUCUCAUGCCAUGACGGUAGUGAUUUGUUAGACGAUACGGGCGACGAUGCCAAAUCUGUUCGCACAAACGACGACAGUAAGAAACAGAAUCACAGCGAGAUCGAGAAGAGGAGGAGGGACAAGAUGAACACCUACAUCACGGAGCUGUCGGCGAUGAUACCGAUGUGCCACGCGAUGUCCCGGAAGCUCGACAAGCUAACCGUGCUGAGGAUGGCUGUUCAGCAUCUGAAAACUAUCCUCGGGGCUGUCACCUCCUACACGGAAGGUCACUACAAACCUGCGUUUCUUAGCGACCAGGAAUUGAAAACGCUGAUCCUUCAGGCCGCAGAGGGUUUUGUCUUCGUGGUGGGCUGCGAUCGCGGGAGGAUACUCUACGUGUCCGAGUCCGUUCUUCAGACACUCAAUUAUUCUCAGGGUGAUCUGUUGGGUCAAAGUUGGUUCGACAUCCUGCACCCGAAAGACGUCGCCAAGGUGAAGGAACAAUUAUCCUCUUCCGAUCUCAGCCCACGGGAACGACUGAUAGACGCAAAAACAAUGUUACCAGUAAAGACAGAUGUGCCCCAAGGCGUUUCAAGACUCUGUCCAGGUGCGCGGCGAUCCUUUUUCUGUAGAAUGAAGCGAAAAGUGGAAAGUGCUCGCUGCAGUGAUUUACAGGUGAAAGAAGAAGCUGACACUACCAGCGGGUGUCACCGUCGGAAAAAGCAGCAGAAUAUCGAUUGGAAAUACUGCGUAAUCCAGUGCACCGGGUAUUUAAAAUCGUGGGCACCUGCGAAAAUUGAUCUUGAGGAAGCCGAAGGCGAUGGCGACGGGGACGCGUGCAAUUUGUCGUGUUUGGUAGCAGUCGGCCGAUUACAGUCGACGAUAUCUACAUCAUUGCCGAAGAAGCCACGAUUGAGGCCUAUCAAGUUUGUCUCGCGACACGCGAUGGAUGGAAAAUUUCUUUUCGUCGACCAAAGGGCAACAUUGGUUCUGGGUUUCCUACCGCAAGAAUUGCUAGGUACAAGUAUGUACGAAUAUUAUCACCACGACGAUAUUCCUCAUCUCGCGGAAUCUCAUAAAGCUGCUCUUCAGGCCUCAGAAUGCGUCACCACGCAAAUAUACAGGUUCAGAACCAAGGGUGCGAGCUUCGUAAGGCUACAGUCCGAGUGGAAAUCUUUCCGAAAUCCAUGGACCAAAGACAUCGAAUAUCUUAUAGCUAAGAAUUCAGUUGCUUCCUGUGACUCUCGAUCAGCCACAAAUAGUGGAACCAGGUCUGAGGACUCCAGCGUUCAAGGAAAUUAUGACUAUUUCACGCAAAGUAAUGGUGGAUUAGAAAGAUUGAUCUCAAGUCACAUAGAGGUAAGUAAAAUUGGACGACAAAUAGCGGAAGAGGUUCUGGAUCUUCAAAGGCGCGGGGAUGACUCUUCUUCUGGCAGCAGUCCUGGCCCAGGACCAGAGCCAUCUCUGAUGAACACCGAGCCACAGAUAACUACGACAGCAUCGCCCGAGAGAUUUCAGGAUGUGGCGCAAGUAACUAGAAGUAGCAGUAACAGUAGCAGCAAUCCAACACCAACUUACAACCACAUAGCAAACAACUUGCAGCUGAACAGCAUCGCGAACGACCAAGGAGCCUCACCAGACGAAGACAUGAUGGACAUGAUCGGUGGCACAACUAUAAAUGAAUCACCGAAUCCAGUUCCUUCGGAUGGCAAUGAUGAGGCAGCGAUGGCAGUGAUUAUGAGUCUCCUAGAAGCUGACGCUGGUUUAGGUGGCCCAGUGGAUUUUUCUGGUUUACCCUGGCCACUCCCAUAGUACAUUCCAAUUCCAGGCAUGAACAGUGAACUAAAGCCAUAUGUACAUAUACAUAGGAUCGAGCUAGGACCAAAUUAGCUGUGAGCAUUUAUUGUGGCGAUGUUCACACUUCCUGGAAACUGGUGUGUGACCAAAUGGCUUCCUUUGACCUUGUUUCUUCGAGUGUACUUGGUGCUACGAUGGUGCUGUUUUAAAAUUAUGUUCGCAGUGAAGUGUUUUGUUCGAUGAACAAAUAUAGUUUCUGUGAAAACAAAAGGAUAUUAACACUGGAACCAACAGUAGUAAAUUGGUUUAUUUAAUAAACUCCAACAAGAGAACCUUUACCAUUUCAACAGUUAUAAACGAUCUUCAUGUAAUGAUCUUUACGUAAAACAACAGUUUUUUAAUUACAAGGGGAAAAAGGCAGAUACAAUUCCCUCUGCUUCUUUUUAUGUGUUUCUGCUCUUUUAAAUUUUAUCUACUCAUUCUUGUUAUAACUGCAUAAAAUUCACAGUGUGAAAUAAGAAAUUUGGAAUUGGUCAUUUUAUUCUGUGUAGUUGUUCCAGUGUUAAAUAGAUGCAGACAGUUGGCAAAUGUCUGUAUUUGUUUUGAAUAUGGAAAGGUAAUCUAUCCCUGGUAAAAAGUAUUUGAUCAAACAAAGAAAAUAUCAGUAUUAAAAAUUGUUCCCACAUCUUCACCUGCAUUGAAAGAAAGAGAUAACAAUCUAAUCCGAAUUCGAAUAAAAUAUUAUAAAUAUGAAUAUUUAUGUUUAUCCACAAAGUGAAAAAAUUCUUAUAUAAUUUUCUAUAAUUUUUACAACCAAUUGAAUUAAAUAAGAAACAAAAUAUUCUUUACUGUGUUAACAUUUUAUUCGGAUACGAUCUAUUCUUCUGCUUAUUGUUUUAAUGAUCAUAGGACUAUAUUUUUCUCUCUUAAUAUUAAUUUCUAUUUUAUUUAGUACAGUAAGUAGUUUCUACAGGGAUCAUGAUAAAACAAUUGAUUGUGUACUGUUUACCAGGGCUAGUAUCUUUUGAAUAUCGUGUACAAAAUUAUUAUAAGGUUUGCUUCCUUAAACGUAUUUUUAUCUUAAUUAUAGUUGAUUUCAUUAGGUAGUUAAAUCGUUUGUUCAGAGGUGUCAAUUAUCGCUCAAGACCUUUCUGUAAACACGACAGGUCUCCUACCUCAAUCUGUAUUUCACUGUAACCCAUAAAUCUUAAUUUCGUUUUCCGUAAGAACGAUGUGCAGAGUGAUGUCAUUAACAAUUAUCUCAUAUACGUACAUCGAAAAACUGUAACAUUGCAAACAAAUUUCUAGGCAGCUGAAAAAACUUAUACGCUCGCUGCUGGAAGUACGUUGAUAGUUUUUCAAAUGGAAUAAUUUUUUUAAAUUGA